AUGUCGACGCCUGUGAGAUGUGUUGUAGUGAAAAAUUCAGAAGAGUCACGCUUCAGAAAGAUAAAGAAGACAAUUAUACCAUGGACAAAGGAAGAAGACUUCAUCUUAUUGAAAGGCGUCCAAGUCUAUGGCGAGAAUGACUGGAAUACAGUGGCUGAGGGUGUGGUAAACCGGUCAAGGAAACAGUGCAGAGAACGGUACUUCAAUAACUUGGCUGAGAACGUCACCAAAAAGCAAUGGAGUGUUGAAGAAGACAAUAUGAUUAUCCAGCUCCAACGAGAGAUUGGUAACAAGUGGACGGAGAUCAGCAAGUAUUUACCAGGUCGGGCUCCCAACUCCGUGAAGAACCGGUUUUGCUCGCACAUAUUGCGUGUGAUCAAAAGAGCCAAUUCCAAGACAAAAGAAGUGAAACAAAAAGAAAAGACGCGAAAGGAAGUAUUAAACUCACAAGAGGCAAAAGCAAUACAGAAGAGCGAAACAUUCCUUAGUGUGUUUUUGCCGGUCUCAACGGAAUACUUUCAAGUAAUUUAG